AUGGUUCUAAAGACGCAUAAGCAAACAUCAGUCGUUCCACGCAUUGAACCAAAUAGCACUCACGAUUUCUUCGACGGUUGCGACAGGCCUACAUUAUCACCUACCAUAUCAAUGGCUGCAUUCCAGGAGUUGUGUGUGGCUAUUAUUCGAUUUCGUCAGCUAGCGGAAGCUAUUGCACGAACCACGGACGGGCGUUGCGCAGAAAAUCAUAUUUCCAUUAAUGCUGAUUGA